AUGCUGAAAUCACCGCUUGCUAUUUUUCUCUGCUUCAUUUUCUCAUCGAUUUACGCUGAACAAAGCGAACCUACCGUUGAGGAGAUCUGCAAGCAAGUUGCCCCGGGUACCACUAUUAUAUACCCUAACACAUGUGAUAAAUGGGUUCGGUGUCCGUCGUCGUUUGGUGCUGAAGAUUACGAAGAAGGCUCAUGUGUUUUCGGCUUAUAUUUCAAUAAGGACACUGGUCGUUGUGAAAGCAUUGAAGAUGUUGUCUGUCCUUAUGCAUCUGCUGAAACCAGCAAUCGUUGCGCUACCAAAGAGGAUGGUACCUUCUUGGAGGAUCCAGAUAACUGCAGUGGUUACGUUUUUUGUAUCAACGGCAAGGAAAUGCAAUCCGCUUGCCCAUAUGGUUUAAUAUUCAAUCCAGAACAGUCAGCUUGUGUAUAUUCAAAGGAUUACAAUUGUGUAGUGAAAGAAGCUGUAGCCAACGUCAAUCCCAUUUGUAAGGCUGUACCAAAAGGCCUCUUACUUGCGAAUACCAACGACUGUACUAAAUAUUAUAAAUGUGACGAAGAAGGUCAACUCGACUCUUUAGAGUGUACUGAAGGCGAAGCAUACAACUAUUCCACCCUGAAGUGUGUACCCCGAAAUGAAGUGGUCUGCCACCCUUUAGCCCCAGAACUUGAACCAGAGCUUGAUGUUUGCGGCAGCGACAAUAAUACCUUAGUUGGCUACAUUGCCGAUAAAGAAUCUUGCAGUGCGUAUUAUAUAUGUGCCCAGAGAGAAGAUGGAAAACCUGAUCGCCAACCGAUGCAUCUCAAAUGUCAAACUGGCUACUUCUUUGAUAGCAAUACAUGGUCCUGUCGCAAUCGUGUGAAUGUUAAGUGCUACUUGGACCGUUGUGAAGGAAUGGGUAACAAAUACGUCAAUGUUAUCGGCGAUUGUGCGUCCUAUGCACAUUGUAAAAAUGGCGUUACAGUGAAUAAUGGUAAAUGCAAAACUGGAUUUUUCUUCGAUGAAAGCUCACAGGUUUGCACUCAAGAAACUAUCACAUAUGCAGCCUGUAUGCCAUAA